CGUGAAAAAGAUAUUGGAUAUUGGAAAUUAAAGUUGGGAAUUGAAAGCGGCUUUAAUGAUGCGUUCGUUACCGAUGCGUCUCCUCAGCGGCUCAAUACUUCUCGGAUUUCCAACGUUAAACAGUUUUCGUAGUCUUGCAUUAUCUCGUCAUUACAACAUCUCUAACUAGGUACAGCUGUUUACAUGUUACAUCACAUGUCCACAUCCCUGAGUCAAAUUUUCGUACAUGCUGGAACUGCAACAGGUUAGUAAAAGAUCUAGCUUUCUUUUGUCAAUGUGGAAAAAUACAGCCAGUAAAUCCCAAUUGGUCUUAUUUUGAAAUCUUCGGCUAUCCAAGUCCGGAACCUGUGGUAGAUCUAACUGAGCUAGCAAGUCGGAUGCGCGAAACCCAGAAAUUGCUACACCCUGACAAAUUCAGUGGAAAAACACAGUAUGAAAAAGAACUUGCCUCGGAUGCGUCCGCUUUUGUAAACAAAGCGUACAGCUGUCUACAAAAGCCAGUUGAACGUUAUGAAUAUCUCCUUCAUCUUCACGGAAUGUCAACUGAUAACUUGGAUUUCAAGAAUUCGGAUGAUAUGGAAUUUUUAUCACAAGUGAUGGACAUCAGGGAAAAGGUUGAAGAAGCUGUUCACGAUGUUAUGAACUUCAGUUCUUCGGAGAAGAAUGUUAGUGAAUUAUCUGAUACCAUUCAUGAACUUGUUGGUGAUCUUCACCAAAGGUUAAGUAGUGAAGAAAAGACAGUAGUCGAUUCAAUUGGCAAAUCAGACUGGCUUGGUGCGUUAAUGUCUCUUUCAAGGUUUAAAUAUAUUCUGAAAAUACUCGAAGAGUUACGGGAACAUGAAUUCGCCUGGAAAAAGCUUGGUAUCAAUGUAACGAUAACUUAAUUAUGGUUUAUUCAGAAACUAAGAUUUCGUUUUACUUUGCUUACCUUCUUUUUAUAUUUUUAUUGAAUGGAAGAUCGUUAUUAUUUUAAUAAAAACUUUACAAAUUUCAACUGAAUCAAUGUUUUGUAAAUAC